AUGGCUUCAGACGUCGUCACCAUGGCUGUGGACUGGGAGCAGUUCGACAAGACCGACAUCCUCUUCAUCAUCUUCUGCAGCACGAUAUGUUGGCAGAUCGUUCCGGCCGUGGGUUUGGCCUAUGCCGGCUACUCGACACGCCGGAAUGCCAUGUCCGCCAUCUACACCAGUCUUCUUGUCCUCAUCGUAUGCACCAUCCAGUGGUAUCUGAUCGGAUAUUCGAUUGCCUAUAGCGAUGGGAAUGGUCUCUUUGGUGACCUGAGCCAUGCCUUCCACAUUGGCGCCAUCUGGGAACCAAUGGGCACGAUACCGACUUUGCUCUUCAGCCAAUUCCAACUCAUCUUCUGUGCUACUGUCGCGGCCAUCUCAAUUGGAGGUGCGUGUGAGCGAGGACGCUUGCUCCCAUUAAUUCCCUUCAUCUUCCUCUGGGCUACCCUGGUAUACUGCCCUCUGGCACACAUGGUAUGGUCAGACAACGGUUAUCUCGGGGGCUUGGGUGUAUUGGACUUCGCGGGCGGAACUCCUGUGCAUGUCUGCAGCGGUGCCACGGCCACAGCAAUGUCUGUUUAUCUGUCACAUCCGCUAUUUCGCUCGAGGGCAUCCAAAGAGCGAACGCCAUCGCACCUGAAGCUCCAUAAGCCUCAUAAUAGUCUCUGCCAGCUGAUAGCUAUAGCCACUAUCUGGGGUGGAUGGCUGGCCUUCGACGCUGGUACCACACUGAGCCUGAACUUCAAGUCCGUUAUGGCUUUCGCGGUUACAAACACAUGCGCCGCUUCGGGGGCCAUGACAUGGAGCCUUAUCAACUAUUGGGAGACAGGCCGCUUUUCUCUCGACUCUACGUUCCUCGGCACGCUGUCGGGCUUGGUCAUGAUCACUCCCGCUGCUGGGUUUGUCCAUCUGGGAAGUGCAUUCUGUCUUGGCAUCGUGGGCGCGUUGAUCAUUAGACAAGCUCUGCGUAUCAAGUUCACAGACUUCGCUCGGAAGCUGAAGUGGGUGGACAAUGGGGACACGUUUGCUACUCACUGCAUCGGCGGGUUUGCCGCUACUAUAUGUACAGGACUUUUCGCAAGCAAAGAAGUGGCUGCGUAUGAUGGCGAAACGGAAAUCAUUGGCGGUGUGCUGUUUGAUGGCAACAUUCGCCAGAUCGGCAUACAGAUCCUCGAGGCCACACUGGGAUUUGCCUGGUCCUUCGGGGUUUCUUACAUCAUCUAUGCUGUGAUUGAUUGUAUUCCUGGUCUUGAAGUGCUUGCUAAGGAUGAGGACGUGUUGAAUGGCCUCGAUACCCGACAGAUUGACGAAUCCAUUUACAGCGAUCAGUGGAGAGGAGAGGAAGACUAUCAACCAUUUGAACGGUCAAUCAGUUUGACAUAG